UGGCAGCGCGCUAAUAGCGCUGUGAGCGUAUUUCGGACCGCAGCCGUAGUCCAUGUAAUAUUUGUUUAUCUAGUCUAUAUCUAUUAUGUAUUGAUUUACAGUCAUUCGAUAUUUUCGGAGCACGCACGACGAGUGCUUGGUCUUUUGGAGCUUCUGGAAAUGUAAAUAGUACAUGACAGCUGUGGACGCACGUGGCUAGUGUUUUACCUCUUUGAUGUUUAUUGAUCUGUUGACCGCGAGAGACGUAGCUGUCAUUCUAAGAUGUGGAUAUUUCCGACUAAGACGUCAUCGCUAUUACACCAGUCGGUAUACAUGCAUGAUGGUAACAUAAUUUUGGAGCGAAGAAUAAGUUGUUCCUGUAAACACCGCUUAUUGAGAUCCGAGGAUUCAAACAUAUCAUAGCCUCUGCAGCACAUUUACAUCGCCCCAACAUCGAUCAUAUAUUAAGGAUCUUUAUACAACAUUUAGUGCAUACUCUCCAUGCUAAUUGUGUUAUGACUUCGGGAAGAUGCAAUCUUUUAUCAACAGUCCGCUACGUGUCCGAGAUAUCUAAGAAACGGCGCAAUACGGUGCAGUACGGGUGUCGUACGGGUUUUCAUUUGAUUGAAAGUACCCUUCUUCCUGUCGUCGGACAAUACAUUAACAGAUCAAAUCGCAAUUUCCUGUUAUCAUCCGUCAGAAUGGCAUCGACAUCCAAGAGUAGCGCUAAAAACACCAGCCAUUCUAGUGUAAAGAAAUUAAAUCGUUUGAGCUUGGAAAAGUCGCCGUAUCUACUGCAACACGCGACUAAUCCCGUGGAAUGGUAUCCUUGGGGUGAUGAAGCUUUAGAAAGAGCGAAGAAGGAGGAUAAAAUGAUUUUUUUAUCAGUCGGUUACUCCACGUGUCAUUGGUGCCAUGUGAUGGAGAAGGAAUCAUUUGAAAAGGAAGACAUCGCGCGAAUCAUGAACGAGAAUUUUGUUAAUAUUAAAGUGGAUAGAGAAGAGAGGCCCGAUAUCGACAGAAUAUAUAUGACGUUUGUUCAGGCAAAGUCGGGCCAUGGUGGUUGGCCAAUGAGUGUUUUCCUAUCGCCGGAUUUAACGCCAGUGACGGGCGGAACAUAUUUCCCGCCAGAUGACAAAUAUGGCCUUAUAGGAUUUAAAUCGCUCUUGUUAGGAGUUGCGAAGGAGUGGGCGCAGCAAAAGAGCAACAUAAUCAAAUCCACUGCUAACAUAGUAGAACGCCUAAAGGAUAUUGUCGAAUGCAGACAAGGCUUAAAAAUUGGUGAUGGAUUUCCCUCGGCCGAAUGUGCUUUGUUAUGCGUUCAUCUUUUGGCGAACGGAUACGAGCCGAAAUUUGGCGGGUUUGGCAGCAGACCCAGGAUGAACGGGCCGAAAUUUCCCGAACCUGUCAAUUUUAAUUUUCUCUUCAGUACAUAUGCUCUAAGUACCUCCUCCGAGUUGCGUAAGCAAUGUUUAGAAAUGUCUCUGCAUACCCUGACGAAGAUGGCUCACGGUGGAAUUCACGAUCACGUGGGACAAGGAUUCUCCAGGUAUUCUGUGGACGGCGAAUGGCACGUUCCUCACUUCGAGAAAAUGCUCUACGAUCAAGCCCAAUUAAUACAAGCCUACGCCGACGCUUACGUCGUCACGAAACAUUCAUUCUAUUCCGAUAUUGUAGACGAUAUUGCAACAUAUGUCGCGCGUGAUCUGCGACACAAGGAAGGUGGCUUCUACAGUGCAGAGGACGCCGAUUCACUUCCAGAGCCACAGGCUUUAGCGAAACGGGAAGGCGCAUUUUAUGUUUGGACUUACAAGGAAGUUAAAGCUCUUUUAGAUAAGAAAGUAUCUGGUAACAAUAAUAUUCGAUUUUCCGACCUUGUCUGUUAUCACUUCAAUGUGAGAAAGGAGGGAAACGUGCGAAAGGCUCAAGAUCCUCAUGGCGAACUUACCGGCAAAAAUGUAUUUAUUGUGUAUGAUGGCAUAGAACAAACCGCGGAACAUUUUGACAUUAGUGUAGAGAAUACUAAAAAUUAUAUUAAGGAGGCCUGUCGAAUCUUGUUUGAAGAAAGAUCGAAGAGACCGCGGCCCCAUUUGGACGAUAAGAUCGUCACGGCAUGGAAUGGUCUUAUGAUAAGUGGUUUUGCGCGUGCUGGAGCAGCUGUGAGAAACGACAAAUACGUCGAAUUAGCGACGAACGCUGCCAAAUUUGUAGAGCGAUAUUUAUUUGAUAAAAAUAAAAGCGUGCUACUUCGCAGUUGUUAUCGUGGAGAGGACGAUAGAAUUAUGCAAACGAGCGUUCCGAUUCACGGUUUCCAUGACGAUUACGCAUUCGUCGUGAAAGGAUUACUCGAUCUGUACGAGGUCAAUUUCGAUGAGCAUUGGCUCGAGUUUGCUGAGGAGCUGCAAGAUAUUCAAGACCGAUUGUUCUGGGAUUCGCGAGACGGCGGUUACUUUUCCACAGUUGAGAAUUCUCAGAUGAUUUUACGGAUGAAAGACGCUCACGACGGCGCGGAACCAUCCAGUAAUUCUAUCGCAUGCUCUAAUUUAUUGCGAUUGGCGGCAUACCUGGAUCGUAGCGAGUUCAAAGCUAAAGCUGGACGGCUUCUAUGCGCAUUUGGUAAAGGACUCGCAGAGAUGCCAAUUAUGUUUCCACAAUUGACGUUAGCGUUGCUCGAGUAUCACAACACAACGCAGAUUUAUAUUGCGGGGAAACCGCACACUGAAGAUACAAUCGAGAUGCUGAGCGUUAUCCGCGAGCGUCUGAUACCAGGUAGGGUGCUUCUGUUAGCCGAUCCCGAGCAACAGAACAACGUGUUGUUACGUAAGAACGCGGUCGUCAGCAAACUGAAGCCGCAGAAGGGCCGAGCGACAGUUUUAGUGUGUCGACGUCAUACGUGUUCUGUACCGAUUACGAAUUCUAGCGAGCUUGCUUCUCAAUUGGAUGAUGCUGAAUUUUCCAAACUGUGAACGUCUAGGUCGCUCGUCAUAAUUUAUAUUGGCGGAAGAAGGAAAGAUUCCGCCAAAAUAUUUGUCGAUAUAAGUAUAUCCACAAAUAACAAGGUAACGUUUUAAUGACGUUUUAUUGACGUUAGGAACAUCAUUAAGACGUUAUUUGACGUUAGAAACGUCAUUAAGACGUUAUUUGACGUCACCUUGCUACUUGUGUCCCGGCGCGCCAUUUGCGCGCUCCUCCCUCGUAAAAAGGAUUUACCGUGUUAAAUAAUGCAAUAUUAGCCCGCAGAGAGAUUGGUGUAGCGAGAGUCAUCGUAGCAUUCGUAAGUGCGAGCGGAUCGAUAACGUAUCGCAGCCAAAUAAAGAGAUGUAUCCAAUAGGGAUGUAUACGAUGCGAUAUACAAUGACUUUGCGCGAUAAUCCGGCGUUUGUGCUAUACGUCGCAUCGUAAACGUUCAUCUUUAUUCUGAAUAAAUUCGUAACUGUACAAAAAGAA